AUGGUGGAUACUUGCUCUCUAAUUCAAGUUCCUUCGCAGGGAAGGAAAUUCACAUGGACUAAUAACAGGAGAAGGGGCCAUGUGUCUGCAGUGCUCAAUCGAAGCUUUUGCAAUGAGGCUUGGAUUUCUUAUUUUCAAGAGUGUCACCAAUUUGUCUUGCAGAGAGUGGCGUCUGAUCAUGCUCCCAUUCUGGUGGUGUCUGAAGGUUCUGAAAGACCAAAAAACUGUCCUUUUCGAUUCCAGAGGUUCUGGACAGACCAUGAGGACUAUCUAAAUGCAGUUCAGUCCUCCUGGGAGAACGACAUUCCUGGAUCGCCAAUGAUGGUUAUGGCUCAAAAAUUAAAAAGAUUGAAGGUCUUCCUGCGCUCCUGGGCGAAAGAAAAUUUUUCAAAUUUUAAUUUGGAGAUGAUGGAGGCAAAAAAAUGCAUGGAGGAGAUCCAGACUGUAAUUGACAGAGAUGGGAUAAGCGACUCAAUUUAUGCCAAAGAAGCUGAUGCAAAGACCAAAUACCUGAAGGCCCUGCAAAAUUAUGAGAAAUUAUGGGCUGAAAAAUCUCGUUCUAGAUGGAGGGAUCAAGGAGAUAGAUGCUCAAAAUUUUUUCACAUCUUAGUGAAGAUACGGCGAAUGAAGAAUUCCAUUAAAUCUCUGAGGACGGUAGAUGGGACCCUGAUCUCUGAAUAUGUCGCGGGUUAUUAUGAGCAUUUUCACAAAGAAUGGGAUAGAGGUCGAUUAGAUGGUAUUCCCUCUGACUCUGAGAUCAAGAGUGCAGUGUGGGAUCUUGAUCCAGAUAGUGCUCCUGGUCCAGAUGGAUUUCCUAGAGCUUUUUAUAAAUCAUGUUGGGACAUCAUAUCUUCAGAUGUGUGCAAGGCUAUCAGAUGGUUUUCCAGAACUGGGUACAUGCCUUACGGCAUUAAUAAUAAUUUCCUGAUCCUUGUUUCUGCCAGAAUAUCAGUUCUGUUAAACGGUGGGCCUGUUGGAUACUUUGGUGUGGAGAAGGGUCUGAGACAAGGAGAUCCGAUCUCGCCAAUGCUGUUUAUAAUUGCUGAAGAGGUUCUUUGUAGAGGCUUAUCUGAGCUUCUAGCCAAAAACAGUAUUAAAGCUCUAUCGGGUCCUCGUGGGGCUAUUAUUCCUACACACAUUCUUUUUGCUGAUUAUGUUUUUAUCUUCUCAAAUGCUUCCAUCAGGUUGGGGGUAUCAGCUCUUCUGGGAAAGCCUUUGUCGAUAUUAGAAGUUUUUUGGUGUAGGCCUGAUUUUAGUUGGAUAAAAUUAAACGUGGAUGGCUGUUCUCUGGGUAACCCAGGAAACUCUGGAGCAGGAGGUGUAUUCCGUAAUCAUAGGGGCUUGGUGGUGGGUUCUUUUAAGAAGUUCUUAGGAGUCCACACAAAUUACUACACUGAGUUCACAGCUCUAAUGGAAGGAAUUCUUAAAGCCAAAGAAUUACAAGUGGAUGCCCUUUGGAUUGAAAUGGAUUCAGUAGCAAUGGUGGUAGCACUUCAAUCCAAAUCAAUUCCUUGGUUUGUUUUGCAGGAUUGGUUGUCUGUGAAGGAUUAUCUGAAUUCCAUUAACUGGAAGAUAACUCACUGUUUUCGGGAAGCUAAUUGCAUAGCAGAUUUUCUUGCAAAGGCGGUAGCAAAAUCAAGGAAUUCGGAUGUUAAUAUAUCUUUCCCACCUCACAUUCGGUCGGAGAUUGCCCACGAUGCAGAAUCGAGACCUAGGUUUCGAUUUAUCUAA